AUGAUUCCGUCACCACAUAGUUCACCUCAAGUAAAUCCAAAUAUUCAACCAGGUCUUUCCUUACCACCACCUUUUGGUACCCCACCGGUCUCACCGUUCUCCAAUCCGAGGAACAAUGUGGAAUAUUUAACUCCGCCACUCAAUCUUCCGCCCAUGAUGUCUUCUAUUCCAAAACAACAAGGACCUACCACAUCAGUGUUUUCAGUACCAAUGACCCCUUCUAAUGCCAAUACAGCUGGAAAUGGGGAAAAACCUCUCACCACCGCGGAUCAACGUGAAUUGGCACGUAAAGUAUCACAUUCUGCUAUAGAAAGACGUCGUCGGGAAAAAAUCAAUGAUAAAAUCAUGCAAUUAAAAGAAUUGAUUCCGAGUUGUGCCGAUCAGGAUCAUUUACAUAAAUUAAGCAUUCUUCAAAGUGCUAUUGAAUAUAUUCAAUAUUUACAAGGUUGUGUUGUGGAAUCAAGAAAACGUGAGGGAAAUAAUGGAAGAAACUCGGAAGGACGAACCACCAAAAGAUCAAAAUUUGAUCGUUAUGAAAUUCCUAUUCCCAAAAGUAUUGAAGCUACCGAUAAUUUAAAGAACAAGGAUGGUUCUAGUAAUGUUAGUAAAAGUGAUAACUCUAAAAAUAGGGAGGAAGGAAGCGUCAAUCAUGAAGGAGCAAAUGCUUUAUUAUUAUUAUCCAUAUCACACUCCACAACUACCAAUCCCGAUUCCGACAAUGAUGAUGAUAUAGAAGAUAAAAGAAUACCCGUGUCUCGACGUGUUGAAGUACAAACUUCUCCCAACUUGAAAGAAACUAUUGAAGAUGAAGAUGAGCAUGAAGAAAGUACGCCUUCAAGGAGCGCGAUGACUGUCCAACAAUUAUUAUGUUAA